AUGGCACAUGUGUACUUUGAUGUGCUGGAUCGAAUGGCAAUUCUAGGCAGGGGUUUGCGAGAGACUGUUACUCCUCCCAUGGCUAAACGCCCCAUAGCAUCUGUGACGGUGGACCAUGAGAGCACGGAAGGAAUACGGACCCGGAGGAAGUGGGAAAACUUACUUGUACACUAUAUACAACAUUGCUGUUGAAAGAAGACUUCAAGUAGCUUGCGUCGCUUGACUCACCAUCUGCGGGUCAACAUGAGAGCAAGAGAUGCUGGAAACGACUGGCAUGAACGUCUCCUUGAAAUAGGCAACGGGGACUGCAACGAUGCCGACGAAUGCGUGCAGAUGCCUGAAGAAAAGAUGUGCUCUUCAGAUAUUGUUACGGAGAUAUUCGUAGUCACCCUCGACUCGGAUAGGACGUCCAAAUUGUGCGAGUGUGCCAUCCUUCGACCGAAGAAUGAUCACGUGCAGCGCUUAAAAGACACAGCCUUUGACCGUCUGCGUGUAGAGAAAAAACUGGGGCAAAAAAACUUACAAAAGUGUCGAUGA